CCGGGGGCGGCGGCGUGCCGGGCUCUGCAGCCAGGGGCGGCCGGGCCGGGCCGGGGGGCGGCGGCGGCGGCUCCGCGGCCAGAAAUUAGGUGCAAACCACCGCCUGCGCCCCGCCUCUGCCCCGGCCGCUCCGUCUGCGCACCCGGCGGGCAGUUAGGACCCCUCCCGUUCCCCCCGCCCCCGGAGCGGCGGGCAGCGGCGGUCGGGAGGAGGCGGCGCCGGGCGGCGGGAUGCAGUGCGGGGCCGGGCGGCGGGCGGGCGCGGCGGCGAGGGGCAGAGCCCGGCGGGCGGCGGGGCGGCCCUGCUCCCCGUGAAGAGGCGGCGCGGCAGGGCAGCGGCCGCCGCCAUGCAGCCGUUGCACCGGGCCCCGGCGUUGCUGCUGCUUCUGUCCGCCGGGAUCUUGUGCCUCUGCCUUGCCUCUUCAGAGGAGCCAACUGCUGAUGGCCUGACAUCAACUUCCCUGCUGGAGUUUGCCAUGAUGUCCCACCUGGAGGCCAUGAAUUCCCAUGAGCAAACCAUCCCAGAGGCUGCGGAGCCUGAUCUUGCCCCUAGCUCUCUGCAUGCUGCCCCAGGAUCGGGCUUUGCCAGUGAGGAGAAUGAGGAAUCCAAGAUCUUACAGCCCCCGCAGUACUUCUGGGAAGAUGGGGGAGAGCUCAACGACUCCAGCCUGGACUUGGGACCUGCAACAGAUUACAGCUUUCCUGCUGCAUCUCAGAAGGCCCUGCUGAAAGGGAAUGGGACACAGGUGAAAGACAACUGGGAAACAGCCACUGUCCAGCCACCAGCAGAAUUUGUUGAGCCUGACUUGCAGACGCCUUUCUCCAGCACGCUGGAGGAAGAGGAGGGGCUGCUCCCUAUAGACCACUCAAAAGGAGGAGUGGAGAGCCUCCAGACCUCUGGGCCAGAGAUUACAUCAUCUGAGCCAGUGGGCCAAGAUGACUCCUCCCUUCUGUUUUCCACAGCCUCUGCCAGGCCAGGUGUUGUGACUGAGGCAGCCGCAGGAUGGCAAGAAGAGGACUCUGUUCCUCCAGGCUUAGACCUUGGGAGCAGCAUGGGACCAGGUCUUCUGCCUGUGUCCUCUAUUUUUUCUACUACUACUGCUGUGAGGUCUCCCAGUGUUUCAGAAGAGACCUUUGAGGUGACAGCUGGGGACACAUGGGCUGUUGGGGGAGCAGAUUUGGAGCUGACUGUGACUACCACAAGAGCAGAGCUUGCAGACACCACGGUGGAGGCUGGUGGGGAAGAGCAUUCAGCCAGAGAGGAGGUCUCAGAGACUACGCUGGGGUGGGAGAUGCUGGAGCCCACGGUGCUAACAGAAAUGGAGCAGACCGCAGAAAUGCCUGUGGGGACACCCUCUCCUGGAGGCAGCUCCCCAGGCAUCCAGACUCUUUCUGGCAGUGAGCAGCCCCCCACCACUUCUGUGUCUCCGUGGAACAGGGUUGAUGAGCCUGCGCUGGAUCCCAUUUGGAAUGACACCGAGUCUGCCACUGAAACUGUGGCAGCAGAGAGGAGCUUGUCACCGCAAGCUGGGGACACCCGCAUGGCCAUGCUGCCAACAGAGCUGCCCUGGGACUCAGCACAGGUGAUCUGCAAAGACUGGAGCAACCUUGCGGGGAAAAACUACAUCAUCCUGAAUAUGUCAGAUAACAUUGACUGUGAGGAGUUUCGGCUGGAGAGGGGUCCCCAGCUGUUGGCACUGGUGGAGGAUGCCUUCUCCAGACAAGCGGAUGGACCACAGGACCGCUGGCUGAUCUCUCUGAGCAAACCCAAUGAGAAUGACAAGCAUUUGCUAAUGACACUGUCAGGGGAACAGGGUGUCAUCCCUACAAAAGAUGUUCUCAUGGCACUGGGGGAUGUUAAGAGGAGCUUAGCUGAGAUUGGUAUCCAGAACUACUCAACCACCACAAGCUGCCAGUCACACCCGAACCAGACACGCAGCGAUUAUGGAAAACUCUUUGUGGUGCUGGUGAUCAUCGGCUCCAUCUGUGCCAUCAUCAUUGUAUUGGGGCUCAUAUACAACUGCUGGCAGAGACGCCUGCCCAAGAUGAAGAACAUGUCACACGGUGAGGAGCUGCGCUUUGUUGAGAAUGGCUGCCAUGACAACCCCACCUUGGAUGUGGCCAGUGACAGCCAGUCGGAAAUGCAGGAGAAACCGCCAAGCGUGAAUGGUGGAAACACCAUCAACGGCCCUGACAGCUGGGAUGUCCUGAUCAAUAAGCAGGCAAACGAGGAUGUGGAUGUGUUUGAGGAAGACACGCAUCUUUAGAAAAAGAAGGGAGGGAACCACCCCCUUAAAUGCACUCGUCUCUCUCCUGUCUUGACUGAUGGACCACAGGAUCAGGUGGCUUCUCAGGAACUUCUUAAAGGCUUGAGACAGGGCAAGUCUUUGGGCAGAUUUUCCUGAUAGAAGUCCUGAGCGCGUGUCUGAGGCUUGGAGCCAGGAGGAUCACCAAACAGAGGGAAGUGGGAGGGGUGGGUGUGUAGGUCUCUGUGUGUAUUCCUAUCAGUAGCACCAAUGCUUUCAUCACCUUUAAAUGCACUUACUGUAGCUCUCUGGUAGUGGCUGAGAGUGGCUGGGCUUGAGAAGCAAGGCGGUGAGGCUAAGUCUGCCACCAAGAGUCCAGCUUUGGGGAGUAAAUUUGCUUUGGGAGUCCAGCUAGAGCUACAGCAGCCAGAUCCUGACCCUGAGAUCAUGUUCAGUCCCUGCAGGUAGAGUAAAACCUGUGCAUUCUGGAUGGAGGGGAGGCAAGACUCAGUCAAUGUCCUGGGCAGAGUUUGAAUUCCACGUGUGAAAAGAGACUUUAAGUGCUCUAGCAUUCAGCUGCUAAUUAGAUGGGCUGAUGUUUACAGCUGGAGAAAACAUCCCUCUGUCAUCUCAUUUCCCUCCUUGAACCACAAACAGCCCCACUCCCUUUUUUAGCUCCACAGCUCCAAGCUGAGUUUGCAAAGUUUGAGCACUUUACCCUUGCUGGGCUGAUUGCAGAGAAUUCGGUGCCAUGGUGCUACAAAUUUGCUUUAGGUUGGACAGUUGCUCAAAAAGAACAUUUACCUGCCUCUUUCAUGCAAACGCCUGUGAAAUCAGCAGUGAAGUAUCCCUUGUCUUAAGUCUCAGUUUUAGACUGGUAGGCCUUCUCCACUCCUGUUCUAUUUUCCAGGAUAGUUUGGUUUCAGUUGGUCUUUUUCAGGUAAAUGUAGAGAGUAUGUGAGACUUCUUAAACAGGGAGAAAAGUAAAAACUCAGAAGGAGAUAAUUUUCUGGUCCUUUUGUUUCCUUUUCAGCAUCCUGCCCUGAGGGGGGGAAGUGUUUAAUGUCCCGUAGGUGUAAAUUGGGGUAACAUCUUUAAAAUCACUGCAUUUAAGCAAGCAUAAAAGCCAGUUCAGAUGAGAUGAGAAUCAGAUCUAAGAGCUCCCCAGUGAACGUCUCAGGCAUGCCUUAGGCAACUUUGAGGCUCCAGCUCCCUGAAUAGGUGUGAUAAAAGGCACAUGAAUAUACAUAAUUGCUCUCUGAGCCCUGCCUAAACCAAGACUCAGAACUACUGUCAAGCCUGAAAUCCCAGAACAUUUGUUUCUUCUGUCAUCGAUGGAUUGAGGGACUUGCUUCAGUCAGAGGCAACAGUAUUCCUCUCCGUUAGGGGGAUCUGCAUGGACACUUACUGCAAGAUGCAGCUUCGUAUUUGGCCUUUAAGGGAAGCUUUGUACAGAAAGACCCCAGAUAUGCAGCCUGAUGCCGAACCUGUAAAUCUAACCCUGUAUGUAUAGAUAUUAUUAGCAUGUUCAUCCCUGAUGCGAGUGCCUAAAAUCGAGGUACCAGAGUCUGUGGUUUCAUUUUGCAUAGCGCUUUGCAUACAAACUGAAUCACAGAUCAACUCGAUGUAGGACCACGUUGCUAUCAGUCUAUUAGGGAUUCAAGGAAGGUAACAGCCUUCGGUUUCCUAUCCAGAUUCCAAUUUUCAGUGUUUUUAUCUUGCCUCCAUACUUUUCCUCAUGCUAUGUAGGAGGUGGUGACUGUCGGUUCCAUUUGUAUCUUGUCAGUAGGGUUGCAGAGAUGCUUAGAGGAGUUCCCUCUCCUGCCCCAGCAGUUGAUAAUGGGGGACAAUCCAUGUAUGUGGACAGCCACAUGUGGCUCUUUGACCACCUCUUGAUGAUGCCUCCUGCUGAGUUUGAUGGGUCUGUGCAGUGAAACUGCAGAAGUUCAGUGGCUGUGUUGAUGGCACUUUGGGACUCACAGGAUUAAAUGCAAGUUGUUGUUACCGUAUGGUGAGUAAAUUAAAGCACGGAGUUAAAAUUUGAGUUUGUAUAGCACUUAGCAUAACGGGGCCUGGCAUGGCCGGGGGCCUUUAGGCAGUUUCACAAUAUAAAUGUUUCUGGGUCCAAUAAUCCUCAUUAAAUAUGUUUUUAAUGCCCAGUGGCUGUUAAAAUGAUAACGCCACCAGUCAGGUGUGAAUCAGUUCACCCACAAAACACUUCCUUGUUCCACUUCAUUGCUGGGAGCUGCUUUGCUGCCCUGUUUUCUCUCCACUUUUCUAAUUCAGAGAAAGAACUAGGUGCUGAUAAAGCAGUGCUUCUGGCUAGGCUUUGCAUCUGCUGAUCUAAUGUAAAGUCUUCAAAUUUUAAAGAAACCAAGGGGGCUAUGCAGGCUUAUUAAUAAGCUAGCAAGUUCUCCUGAUUUGCUCUUAUGGCUUCUUAUGGCCUGAGGGUUUUCCACUGACUGUAGAGCUCUCUUCUGCAUCCAAAGCAUCCAGGCUAUUUUGAGAGUGUCUAAGGGUGGCCAUCACAAGGCUGAAAACAAUUUUCUGCUGUCUCUGACAGGGUGCACCUGGCUGUAUUAUCUCAGUUUAGCUCCAGAAAUCUACUGGUUAAUAGCGUUUCACUUUAGUCUGGUAAUACUUUUUAUACCUUUGCCAUUUGUUUUUCUCUGUAUAAUUUUUUUGCACUAGGCUGAUCUUGUUAAGUCGAUUGCACUGUUGUCCCUCUCCCAACAGCCUUGCACACACGGGUCAUCUCUGGGGACCUGUGGGCUGGGGAGCACUGUAGAGAGGCUAUUGAUAGCCCACUUACUCUGUUGUUCAGUGCUUGGGUUUCCAGCUCUGUGCAGGGAGGAUAUAAAGAGGAAGAGAAACUUUGUCUUAGCAUUUGUAACAGGAAGCUUUUCUAUCACCUUAAUGUAGUUAAACUUCUUUUUAACAAAAACUGUCAAAGCUGGACUUCUCAGAGCGGUGUGCCAGGCAGCAGAGCAGAUGUGGGAGAGAAUGGGAUUCCUGGAAAACUCUUUCCCACCUACUCGGAGUUCACUGUAGUCCCGUCUGCCAGACGUUUGAUCGCACUGACACCUGGUGGCUGCUGGGUGGUGGAGAUGAAAAACAAUAAACAAAAAAAGGACUUUCCCCCUCUUAGCUCUGGGUAUGUUUCCUGUGACUUGCUUAGGACACCUGCUUUUUUCAUGAGGGGCUGCUGGACUCGCCUGUGAGCAGAGGGGCUUACAGCAGGCACAUACGGGAUGGUUUGUGUGAGGACAUUCCCUGGAGUCACCGGUCUAGAGGCUCUGGGUAGUAAUACAGGGUCUCAGCUCUAUCUCCCUGCUUUCUUCUCCACCUGCCCCCUCUCCUCCCAGGGACCAGAGCCAGAAAGCAGAGGCUCUGGCUUGGAAUGGAGGUGUUUCUUCAGAGAGAGCAUCAGGUGGUAGUGUGAGGAGCUCUGCACCUUGGGGAACGCCAGCAAUGGCAUUGGCUGGAUGCAUGGUCAAGAUCAGAGUGGCUCUCCAUUGCUGUGGGACGGUGGCCAGAUCAACUGCAGAUUACUCCCAGAUGUUGCCCAGACAUCUAGAUCAGCGUCUAUAAUGUCAAGUCCAAGAGGUACUAGGACUUUGCAUCCUGCAGACCACCUCAUGGUAUAUAGGGUGUAAAGAAAACAAUGAGAAGUGACACAGUAACUGUGCUGUGGAGUAUGUAAUGCAGGUUGAGAAUACAGUCCAAGAUACCACCUUAAGGAUCCCUCCAGGCAAAGGAUGCUGUGUGAAAUGGAGGUACAUUGUUGUAUGGAUUAUUGCUGUAUGACCGUAGAGCAUCACAGCAGGAUCCCACUGCAGCCACUGCCAUCAGCAGCUCAUCUGGUCCUGUCCACCUUUGCAGCCACAUAGGAGCACCUCUUCUUUGCAGACGGUUUGGGGCAGCUCGACAGUCGGAGACAAUAAGUACCUUCAUCCAUGCUGGCUUAUGAGAGCCUCGUGGGCUCGUCUCGGCUGACAGCCAGGCUCCCAGCUGUUCUUCUCAACACCCUCAUUCCUGCUGGAACUAAACUGUCUGCAAGCCCUGGCCACUGCUCGGCAUUGCUGCCGGAGAACACUUAAACACUCGCGUCUGGCCCUGGGACCAACAGGGUUGUGGUUUUGUUUUCUUUGCAAUAAAACGCACCUCCUGGGUGUCCAAACACU